AUGGCCUCAAAGCCAGUAUUUGACAGACCAGCAAUCAGCAAGCGCAGCUGGAGCGAUGAGUUCCGCUAUUAUGCUCAGCAUUUGAACAUACUGAAUGCAAUCGUCUUGCUAGGCGCAAUACCAACUUACUUCACUGCAAUUCUCCACGUCCCUCUCCGAUGGGAAACUUUCCUGCUAACGGGAGUCUUCUACCUCGCCGGAGGAAUGGGAAUCACAGCAGGCUAUCACCGACUCUGGUCUCAUAGAUCCUACAAAGCAUCAACAGCACUACGAUACUGGCUCGCCAUAAUGGGCGCAGGCCAGUGGCAAUGGUCAAUCCUCUGGUGGGCACGACACCACCGCUCCCACCACCGAUACACCGACACAGAGCAAGAUCCCUACAACCCCACGCGUGGUUUCUUCUUCUCCCACAUCGGGUGGCUAGUCGGCUACAAUCCCCGCUCCUGGGGAAAAGUCGAUCUCUCCGACCUCCUCGCCGACCCUGUAGUAGUCUGGCAACAUAAAUGGGGAAAUCUGGUCGGAUUCAUAACGGCCGUUCUGCUUCCGGUGCUAAUUGCCCAUUUUGGCUGGAAUGAUGCGCGAGGCGCACUCGUGCACACGGUCCUGGGCCGGUUGAUGUGGAUCUGGCAUCUAGGAUUCUUCGUGAAUUCCAUCGCUCAUCUACCGUGGUUCGGGUCGCAGCCGUACUCUGAUAAACAUAGUGCGCGGAAUGUGUUGCUUUUCGCGUGGGUUUUAGCCGGGGAGGCGAGUCAUAAUUUUCAUCAUACUUUUCCUGCUGAUUAUCGGAAUGGGCUUCAUUGGUAUGAGGGGGAUUUGUCUCGGUGGUUUAUCCGCACGUGUGAGAAGCUUGGACUUGCGUGGGAUCUGCAUAUUACUAGUCCAGCUGAGAUUGAGCGGGCGCGACAGAGGCAGAUCAAUCUUGCGGAGGGCAUUUCUCAUGGACCGGAGAUCGCUGCGCUGCCUGAGAUGGAGUGGCGAGAUUUCGUUGAACAGGCUGCUGCUGGUAGGUGUAUCACGGCGGUACAUGGGAUUGUUCACGAUGUUACUGAUUUCAUGGCUGAUCAUCCUGGGGGGCCUGAGCUGGUGCAACGGUUCAUCGGGAAAGAUGCGACCAUGGCUUUUUAUGAUGAGGACUCCCAUGUUCACUCGCCUUAUGCCGAGACUUUGUUGGGCAACAUGCGGGUCGCUGUAACACGUCGACAGGAAGGAUUUGAUGACCAGAAGACAGAGUAG